GGAUUAGUGGGCAGCAGCGGUGCUGCAGAAGGCGCCGACGUGGAACGCCGCAAAAAAGAUCCGCAUCGUAGGCGGGGAAGUGUUCGGACGCUUGCGAUGCCGUGGGCAGCAAUUUUGAGGAGGGUGCCAAGGAGUUGGGUUGGCACGCCACCCGAAGAAUUUGCUACUCGACUGGUUUCAGUUGUGGGUUCCAUGAAUUUGCAGAGAUAGCUAUGGCUAUGGCGGAUGCCGAUGUGGGGAAGAAGCUUCGGGAGCUCUUGCGCACCGGGGAUGCGUUGUGGACCACCGUUAGCAGGCUGCCUUCGCACGUACUCACGGCCGAUUGCCGGGCGCGGCUGCUCAAGGUUGUGCAGGCUGAGCGCAAUUUUGUGGCCCGUUUGGCGGCUCAGGACAGGACUGCCGUUGCUGACGCUCAUCUUAGCAGCUCAAAUUUUGGGCAUCUGGAAGGAAUCGUUUUCGUUCUCCAAAAUCAGGGUUGGCGAGUUGCUGGUGCUACUGCUGCUCUGAAAUCUUUCCAGGUAUUGUCGUCCGAUUCGCUUGUGACGUCUGAUGGGGAGGAGUGUAGAGCAGAAGAUGGGAAGGGCGAGGUAUCCCCCCUCAGCUGUUUCUCUGGAGAAGGUGACGAUGCUGUAGGGGCGGUGGUCCACAUAGACUUAAUCUGCACUCUCCUCGGAGAAGCUGUCUGGGUGGUCGUGAUAAAUAGUAAGGCGCGGAACAGGCUAUGGUUUGACAAGAACAAGCGAAUUGGUCUUCAUACUCGCGUGUCGACGUUAUUGCAUGCUGCGUCUCUGGUCAAAGCGACGCGGCCUUCUGCAAUUGUGCUUCUUGUGCGAGAUGGAUUGGAGAGCAAGUUGGAGCAGCAAUUGCAUGAAGAGUUUCAUGCUACCAAAAUGUCCGAGAACGAUCCAGAGGAAGUUAUGUCAAAUGGUGUAUCCAACUUCACGUUCCAGGAUGUUGAUGAUGGAGACUGGGUGAAUAUUCACCUGCCGGUAGUAAAACCUAAGCGUUGGACAAGCUAUUGGAUUCGGAUCACACACCCAGCACAACCUCAAACCCUUAGCAGCAAGUGCACAGAUGAUCCGACUAUGAAACAUGCAUUUGCAGCAGAUAGCUUCCGAGGCGAAGAUGACGAAGAUGCCACCUCCAUCACCGGAUCAUCCUCGUUUUGGUCAGCCAUUAGGAGUCUUAAAGCAAAGCACGGAGAAUUCGACAAAUUUCAACACGAAAGGAAAAUCCUCAACUUGGACACGACCGCUCUCGUUGCCAUGGUAUCAGAGCUGACCAAUGGCGGUGCGGAGCACUUGGUGAAUCUAUCUUCGGAGGAGAGGGAGAAGCGAUAUCCCAUGAUGGCGAAGUUCGUGUACGAGCAGGCAUUAGUUGAGCUCGAUGAACCCUUUCUGCCACAAUUUGAAGAAGUCUUCAGCGACAAGCUCCUCGUGAUCUGCGAGUAUGUGUACGACGAGUUCACGUCUGUAAUCCUCUUGAAUGCCGGACCUCGUGAAAAGCUCCGGGCACAUGUAUUGUUUAGCCAACUUAAGGUGGUGCCGAACCUGCCAUCUGCACGAGUGAAUGCUCUCCCUGAGACGGGCAAAAUCAAGCCUCGCCACAAGCUCGUUUUCGGCUGCGGUGACUUCUUGCAAGCUCCCACUGUGACCGCCAACAUGUCUUUCGUGCGAGCUGUGCAGCAACAAGGCGUACCUGUGGCAAUCAUCCAACACCAACCUUGUGCUUUCAUUGGCGAUUGAGCAAUCUACAUCGGAUGUAUGAAAGCCCUUGCUACGAUCAAAUUCACCAUCUGGGACUGUCGGUGUGCAGAGUCAAGUUAGCGUUUAAUGUAAUAUUUGGACUUCCGCUGCGUGUGUGAAAUGAAAACUGUACAGUAUGAUGCAGGUGGCAUGGUCGAACCUUGACCUAUUGCUAAAAGUGCGAGCUUUUUUAUGGUAGAAGUGAGACCCUUAACUACGUUGGAAUCUUGUGGUGCGUCGUUGAGGGACAACCUUUGUAAGUUCAGGGGUUUGGAAAUGAAUCAACCUCACUGUUGAUCCAGACACAACACACAUAAUUAUUUCCAUAAAGGCGAAGAUGAAUUCCUGUUCUAGAUA